UUCGGCGGACACAACAUCUUUGUUGGUAUGUGGUGGUGAGGAUCGAACCCGGGCCGCACACAUGCCAGGCGAGCGCGCUACCGCUUGAGCCACAUCCCCAGCCCAGGAUGGAGGUUUUUCACAAAAGGAAUUGACAGUCAUAAUUUGUGUAGCAUUUCUCUAAUUUCUCCAAGGUAAAGUGGACCCUCCCAUUAGAGAGCAAUGACACUUGUAGUGACAACAGUAAAACUGAACAGAUCCUUUCCCUGUGUUCUUGGUUCUGGUAAUUUAUGAGGAAGUGAGUGUGAGCACAGAUUAAAAUUCUCUGUGUGAUCCACCUGCUCCACCUCCUGAGUAGCUGAGACACAGGCAUGCCCUCAGCACACCCAGCCAGAAACCGCCACUUUUGUUUCAUUGUAAAUGGGCAGAAAUUGCAACUCUUUUUUUUUUUUUAAGAGAGAGAGAGAAUUUUUUAAACAUUUAUUUUUAGUUUUCAGCGGACACAACAUCUUUGUUUGUAUGUGGUACUGAGGAUCAAACCCGGGCUGCACGCAUGCCAGGCGAGCGCACUACCGCUUGAGCCAUAUCCCCAGCCCUGAAAUUGCAACUCUUAACCUGCUUCUCAAUGUAAACAAGACCCAGAGUACACUGUUUUACUUUCAUGGAUUACAGGAUAAAUGUUUGCAGACUACAGAGCGUGUGUGUCUUGUGCAUCUAUAUCAUUCCCUCCUAUUACAAACUUGUCUAGGAUGUUUCAGGACUCAGUGGUCUUACAGGAUGUGGUUAUAGACUUCACCCAGGAGGAGUGGGCUCUGCUGGAUCCUUCCCAGAAGAAACUCUACAGAGAUGUGAUGUCGGAAACCUUUAGCAACUUGUCCUCUCUAGGAAAAUUGUUACAAGACAAGAACUGUGAAGAUUGCUACAGAAAUUUUGGGGGAAAGUUAAGCAAUAAUAAUGGAGAGCGAGCCUGUGAAAGUAAAGAGCAUCUUCACUGUGGAGAAAUCUUUAGCCAUAUUCUAAAUCCUGAUGUGAACCAAAGCUUUAAUGGAGUUAAGCCAUAUGACUGCAGUGUGCCUGGUGUAGUCUUCAUGUGUCUUUCAUCCCUUAAUAGAUAUAUGGUUCAUGAUACCAGAUACAAACUGUAUGAGACUCAAGAAUAUGGGGGAAAACAGUAUCAUUGUAAGCUAUAUGAGAAAACAUUUACUGAUCACUACUCCUUUCAAAUAUAUGAAAGGACUCAAAUUGCAGAGAAGCUGUAUGAUUGUAAGGGAUGUGGGAAAUCAUUUGCUUCUCAUAAAAGUCAAAGAAGACACAUGAUAUUGCACAGUGGAGAUGGACCUAACAAAUGCAAAUUUUGUGGGAAAGCCUUUUACUAUCAUAGGUCAGCUCUGAGUCAUGAAAGGACUAACACUAGAGAGAAACCCUAUGAAUGUAAACACUGCUGUGGAAAAUCGUUCAAUUCCCAUGGAAAGGUUGGAAUAGACAUGUUAGAACAUACUGGAGAUGGACCUUAUAAAUGUAAAUAUUGUGGGAAAGCUUUUAAAUUUUCUAAAUCAGUUCUGAAUCAUGGAAGGAUUCACAUGAGAGAAAAAUCUUAUCAGUGUAAGGAAUGUGGGAAAUCCUUCAGAAGUUGUAGUUCUUUUCGAGUCCAUGAAAGGAUUCACACUGGAGAGAAACCAUAUAAAUGUAAACAAUGUGGGAAAGCUUUCAGAGAUGUGAGAUAUGUACGAGUGCAUGAAAGGAUUCACACUGGAGAGAAACCCUAUGAGUGUAAGGAAUGUGGAAAAGGCUUCAGAACUUCUAGUUCUUUUCGAAUCCAUGAAUGGAUUCACACUGGAAAGAAACCCUAUGAAUGUAAGCAGUGUGGGAAAGCCUACAACAAUUCUUGGUAUUUUCAUGUCCAUGAAAAGACUCAUACUGGAGAGAAACCUUAUGAAUGUAAAGAAUGUGGAAAAACCUUUAGCAAUUGUAGUUCUCUUCGGUUGCACAAAAGGACUCAUACUGGAGAAAAGCCUUAUCAGUGUAAGGAAUGUGGGAAAUCCUUCAGAAGUUCUCGUUCUAUUCGAGUCCAUGAAAGGACUCACACUGGAGAGAAACCAUAUAAAUGUAAGCACUGUGGAAAAGCCUUCAAGGAUGUGAAGUAUCUUCGAGUGCAUGAAAGGAUUCACACUGGAGAGAAACCCUAUGAAUGUAAGGAAUGUGGGAAAGCCUUCAUCGAUUUUAGUCCUCUUCAGUUGCAUAAAAGGACUCACACUGGAGAGAAACCUUAUCAAUGUAAGGAAUGUGGGAAAUCCUUCGGAAGGUCUAGUUCCUUUCGAAUCCAUGAAAGGACUCACACUGGAGAGAAACCAUAUAAAUGUAAGCAAUGUGGGAAAGGAUUUGUUGCUUCUUCUUCUUGUCGAGUCCAUGAAAGGACUCACAGCGAAGAAAAACCCUAUGAAUGUAAGCAGUGCGGGAAAGCCUUUCGCAAUUGUAAUUCUUUACAAUUGCAUGAAAGGAUGCACACUGGAGAAAAACCCUACCAGUGUAAGGAAUGUGGGAAAGCCUUCAGAAGUUCUAGUUCUUUUCGAAUCCAUGAAAGGACUCACACUGGAGAGAAACCCUAUGAAUGUAAGCAGUGUGGGAAAGCUUAUAGCAGUUCUUGGUCUUUCCGUGUCCAUGAAAAGACACACACUGGGAAGAAACCCUAUGACUGUAAUGAAUGUGGGAAAGCCUUCAAGGAUUCUUGGUCUUUUCGAGUUCACCAAAGAAUUCACACUGGAGAUAAACCAUAUGAGUGUAAACAAUGUGGGAAAGCCUUUUGCAAUUUUAGUUCUUUACGAUUGCAUGAGAGGACACACACUGGAGAGAAACCUUAGCAAUGUAAGGAAUGUGGGAAAGCCUUCAGAAGUUCUAGUUCUUUUCAAAUCCAUGAAAGGACUCACAAUGGGAAGAAGCCUUAGGAAUAUAAGCAGUGUGGGAAACUUCCACUUGUUUUAGUUCAACUACCCAAA